AUGUCUGAUUCUGAAUCGACAAUGGAGCCAACACGUCGAGAAGCGAUUGAUGAGGAGUCCUUAAAUGAAUUAACUGAAGGUGAUCCAAAUUUCGACAAUCUUAUGAUCGACAAAAAGCGUCGACAAUCUAUUGUACCUCUUUCCCAUCAGCCAAAAUCAGUUGUUGCAACAAAGGCAUCUGACCUUGAAUCGGAUAAUGGUGAUAAUGAGGGUGAAGAGGGAUUUGAUUCAUUUAUCUUUAAUAAUUUUAGCGCGUUUUCUGGAUCAGAGAAUGUAAUCGAUUGGUUAGACAACACCGAUAAAAAAUUUAAUUUACAUAAGAUUUCACGUAAGCUUCGUUAUUUAGCUAUACCAUUACUUAUUGAAGGAGAUGCUAAAAGAAGAUAUAUUCGAAACAGAAAUAGUAUAAAAUCAUACGACGACUUCUAUGAAUUUUUUUUGAUUAACUAUGAUGUAAUUGAACCUAACACACGUCAUUUUCAACAUAAUCCAUCGUAUUCAUCAAAUCAAAAUAAUUUUACACAUAAUCCAUUAACACAUAAAAAUAUAUCGUUCGAUGAUCAACAAAAAAAUACCACGAAUAAUUUUGAUUUAACUGAUAAUUUGCCACCACGUCCUAUCUUAAGAUCAACUGCUAUGGUUGAUAUUGGAGCCACCAGACUAUCUGGUGAUGAACCCGAAAAUCGAUCAACCAUCACACCUUCUUCUAACAUAUUUCACAAUACUUCUAACCUUGAUCAGACAACAUAUGUAAUUCAUAAAGUAAUUAUAGAUAAUCUAAUUAAAAAUCCUAAAACAUUUCAAGGAGGAAAAGAAGAUGUAAAGCAAUGGCUAGAGGACAUUGAGCAACUUAUCGAUACUGCACAAAUUUCCGAUAGUCAAAAAUUAGAUUUGAUUCCAUAUUCCUUACGAGGAGAAGCUCGUCGGUGGUACAAGAAUACCAAAGCUACAUUAACAUCGUGGCCAGUAUUGUUAUGUACUGAAACCGAUCCCGAUAUGAGUGAAUCAAUGAAACUUCGUCAUCUUCUCAAAAAGGCCAAACCUACACUUCAAUACGAAGUAAGAAAGAGAAAACCAACAACAAUUAAACAAUUCCUUGAAUAUGCAAAAGAAUCAGAGGAACUCCUUCAAUUGUCUAAUCUUGAAACUGAAGUUGAGAGAUAUGACCAUAAUAAUACUAAUUCAAAUAAUCAAAUAACAUCAAAUGUAACAUUAACACGAACAAAUGCAUCAAACCCACAUAUUGAUGCCACUUCUUUUCCCACCUAUAACCGAAAAAUGAAUAAUAAUAAUUACUAUAAUAGUAAUAAAUAUUACAACAAUCGAAGUAAUGAUAAUAAUUCUCGUCCUUCUCAAUUAUUAGAUUCAUCUCGAUCAUUUAAUUCUUUUAAUUCGUCUUUUCGACGAAACAAUUCAUUAUAUUUAUCUGAUCAACCAACAAAAUCUAAACAACAAUUCCAUUCUAACAUUCAACGUACAAACUAUAAUUUUAGUCCGAUUUCAUCAAAAAAUCAAACUAAAUCAUCAUAUCAACAUAAUAAUAAUACCAGUAAUACUAAUCGAACUAAUAAUCAAACACAUCAAGUUAAUAACAUCAUCGACACCCAUAUUCCAUCAUCUUCUCAACCUACACCGUUAUUGUCAAAUUCUGACAUCUGUACUCAAUGUCAACAGACGGGACAUCAGGCAUCUGCUUGUCCACGUUUCUAG